AUGGAAAUCGAAGAGAACAAGCAUAUAGAGAUUACGGAACUGACGGAGGAUAGACUCAAAUUCACAUUAUCAGGAGUUGACACCAGCAUUGCAAAUGGCCUUCGACGUAUUAUGAUUGCAGAAGUCCCUUCUGUUGCGAUCCGUACCGUCACUAUCAAGGAAAAUACAUCUGUUCUGGCUGAUGAUUAUAUUGCACAUCGUCUUGGUUUGAUUCCAAUUCGUCAUCUGGGCGACGAUUCCUCCACCGAAAUCGUCGACUAUUUCGAAGUUUCUGCUCCUGGCAAUCGCUCUUCCGUGCGUCUCGAGCUGAACGAAACCUGCACAGGCGACAGACCUCUCAACGUCACCAGCAAACACCUCAAAUCCCUUAAUCCCUAUUAUGCGCCAGCACACGCGACGAGCCAGGCAGAGGCUCUAGCACAAAACAACGAGGGCAUUCGAAUCGUUUCAUUGGCUCCCGGUCAGACGCUUCACGUCGAAUGCGAAGCCAUUCUGGGAGUGGGGAAGGAGCACGCGAAAUGGAGCCCCGUCGGGACCGUUUCGAUGAAAUAUGUCCCGAUUGUGCAUCUGAAUCGCGACCUGUUAGACAGCAAAGACUUCGAGUUCAAGCAGAAACUGGUGGAUUCGUGUCCGCGGAAGGUGUUCUCGAUCAACCCGGACACCAACCGCGUGACGAUCGUGAACGAGUCGGCCUGCAUGUUCUGCGGCGAUUGCGAGGCGUUCAACACGAGCUACGCCGACAAAAUCGUCACGAUCUCGCAGCAGCCGAACGUGUUUAAGUUCGUGGUGGAGGGAACGGGCGCGCUGCCGCCGCUGGAGAUUCUAAAGAAAGCGCUGGAAGUGUUGGAAAUGAAGUUGAAUCGGAUCAAGCAUGGACUGCAGGAGAUCAUGCUGUCUACGGUGUGGCUUGUUUGUUGCAACCAACACGUCAAUUGGUAG